CGGCCGGUGGUGUCACCUUUAAAAAUGUUGCGACUCCAGGUUCUCUACCGUCCAUGGCGGCGACCUCGGGCGGCUGGAGUUUCCGUGCAGAACCCGAGGCGCAGGGAGGUCGCCUCGGGCGUCUCUCCCCCGCACACUGCCUCCUCGCCCAGGACCCUGAACCUCUUCGACCGGGAAAUGAAGAGGAAACAGAAGAACUGGGCGGCCCGGCAGGCGGAGCCGAUGAAGUACGCGUACCUGCGGGAGGAGGUUGCAAGUCAGAUUGCAGACCGUAUAUAUGACAUUGCUAGAGAUUUCCCCAUUGCUUUGGAUGUUGGUUGUGGAAGAGGUUACAUAGGACAACAUUUGAAUAAGGAAACUGUUGGGAAGUUUAUCCAAACAGACAUUGCAGAAAAUGCUUUGAAAAACACCUUAGAAAUGGAAAUACCUACUUACAGUGUCUUAGCUGAUGAAGAAUUUCUUCCCUUCCAAGAAAAUACAUUUGACUUGGUGGUUAGCAGCUUAAGUUUGCACUGGGUGAAUGACCUUCCUAGAGCACUUGAACAGAUUCAUUAUGUUUUGAAACCAGAUGGAGUGUUUAUUGGAGCAGUGUUUGGAGGUGACACACUCUAUGAACUCCGGUGUUCCUUACAGUUGGCAGAAACAGAAAGGGAAGGAGGAUUUGCUCCACACGUUUCUCCUUUCACUGCUGUCCGUGAUCUUGGACAUCUUCUUGGGAGAGCUGGCUUUACUACACUGACUGUGGAUACUGAUGAAAUUCAAGUUAACUAUCCUGGAAUGUUUGAAUUGAUGGAAGAUUUGCAAGGGAUGGGUGAGAGUAACUGUUCGUGGAACAGAAAACCUCUCCUGCACCGAGACACGAUGCUGGCGGCUGCCGCUGUCUAUAGAGAAAUGUACAAAAAUGAGGAUGGUUCGCUACCUGCCACGUAUCAGAUCUAUUACAUGAUUGGAUGGAAAUAUCAUGACUCACAGUCAAGACCAGCUGAAAGAGGCUCUGCAACCAUGUCAUUUAGAGAACUCGGGGACAUAAACAGACUUGUGUCACAGGAGAAAAAAUCAAAAUAAAGAUUUUAUUUACUUUUCA